AUGCGGUGCGCGAACAAGGCCGCUGAGAGUGCGUCUGCACGUCUCUGUGCAGACGCCGAAGCAGAAACCGCUGCAACUGAUGUGUCAUCGGUUGCUGAAGCGACUCAGCCUGUGUCAUCUGGUGAUGCAGGCGCUCGUCAUGAAGACACUCAUGUCUUCACAGAGUAUGAGCUCGGUGUCUCAUCCUCUCCUGAUACGGAAGACGGAUCCAUAUCGAAGGCGGUUGAAACCAAGCCGCCUGCCAAGCGUGGUAUGGAUGAUGCUACGCGUCGUAGCAUAUUUGGUUCAUCUGAUGAAUGA